UUUGCACAAAUAAAGUAUUUUUCCAAAAAUGCACUAAGUAUUUUGACUAAUACUUUUAUAUACGAAACGUAGAAUAUGCAAUGACGGUUGAAUGCAAUGAGAAAUCUCUUCUUAAAUGUUGUACUCGCUCGUUGUACUCGUGUUAUUGCUGUUUUAUCCAAUUCGUGUUCCAAUUAAUUAGGAACUCUCUAUUGGCUACCUAGAACUUUGUGUUUCCGUGCGCCUUAAUUGUUAACAUUUAGGCAUCAUUCAUGAACACCAGUUACCAGUAGUGAAAUAUCAGCUAUAGGGCUUCUAUAAUGGCUUAAUUUAAUUUCGUCUUUUUUUGUUUUAUUCAUCUUGCCUCACGUUCGCCGCUUUGUUUACUUUACUGACUGAUAAUCGUUUACUUAACCACAAAAAAUCCGUUCAAUCAAACCAACCUACCAACCAACCAACCAACCAAAUGACCAAUCCAACAACCAAACAAACGUAUAAACGCACAAUUUACCUACCAACACACUUGCGUCGUUCACUAAUCCAGAUGAGAUGAUUAUAGAGAAGGAGCACUAUGCAUUGAUAGGCGACAGUCUCGAUGUGGCCUUUGUUGAUCUGAUGGGCAUGGAACCAUUCUACACGGAUCGUAAUCCCAAACCACCAACACCCAAAGUGCCCACACCGACACCUGAAGAAAUUGCUGCUGCCGAAGCAGCAGCUGCUGAUGCAGAAGCGGCUGCCAAAGCUGCUGCUGAAGCUGCCGAACGCGGUGCAACGGUUGAAGGUACUGCUGAAGGUGCACCGGCAGUCGGUGAGGAAGGUGUUGCAAGCGCUGAAGCCGUCCCUGAGCCAGUGAAGGAACCCACACCACCACCACCACCACCACCACCAUUCGAAUAUGCCAUCGAUUUACCUCCAGAAGGCGCUGAAGUGCCAUACGUAAAGAAUUUCGAUCCCAGUGCUAUUCCGCCACCAUCAGAGGAGGCACCAACAGAGGGCGCGCCACCAGCUGAGGGUGCCCCAGCAGCCGAUGGUGGGCCAGCUCCCGCUGCUGAUGGUGUUCCACCAGCUGAAGGAACACCUGCACCAAUUGCAGAGGGUGCUCCACCGGGAGAAGGAGCACCAGCACCACCCCCAGCUCCUGAGGGUGCACCUGCUGCGGAAAGUGCACCAGCAGCCACAGUUGAAGCUGCUGCCCCGGCCGCUGACGCACCAGCUGCGCCACCCGCAGAAACGCCCGCUGCCCCAGUUGCUGAUGCUCCGCCGGUGUAAAAUUUUUC